AUGCUCGAUACUCUAGAUGCGCAUCUGCUAGCCCUCCUUCCUGCUGGAGAGCUCCAGGCAGCUGACAGAGCAAAUGUGGCUGAUUCAGUGGAUCUUGACAACCGAGCUCAUCAAUUCCUUGAGACGGCGUGUAAUCUUGAGCGUUGUUUCACAAGGCUUCGAGCGCAGCACUUGUCUGAACCUCAAGCAGCACUAUCCAGGGAAGUCAUGGCACUUGAGGAAGAUUUGAAGCGAAAACAGCUUGCUUUGCAAGAGUGCAGGAAACAAGUGGCUGAAUUGAAUGUUAUUGUGAAACGAACAUCUCAAAUUUUGGAGGAUACUCAAGCCAAAGUCUGA